AUGGAAUUGAUUCGUGUUCAUCAUAUGGAGAUUUUAUUUGUGUGUGAGCCAAGGAUAAAUGGUUCUAAAGCUGUGUCAACGGUUAAGUCUUUGGGUUUUCCUUGUUUUGAGAUUGUUGAUCCUGUGGGUUUUUCUGGGGGUCUAUGGCUGCUUUGGGAUGAUUCCAAGGUGACUGUGGAGAUCAUUGGUACUCAUGAUCAAGCUAUCUCUGCGUGUGUUUCUUGGCCUGGGCAGUCUCCUUGGCCAUUUUCAGCUAUUUAUGCUAAGCCCUGUGAGGUGAAAAGGGCUAAACUCUGGGAGUAUCUUAAUUUCGUCGCUAGCUGUCAUGAUAUGCCUUGGCUCUUGGCUGGGGAUUUCAAUGAUUUGCUUCAUUUUGAUGACAAGAUAAGGGGAGUUCCUUUGUGUAGUUUCAGAGGUUUCAAAGCUUGGUUUGAUGAGAAUGAAAUAUGUGAAUUGCACUUCACUGGCCCUAAGUACACUUGGACCAACAAAAGGAUCUUGGAAAGGCUUGAUAGGGCUUCUUCAAUUCAGUAUACUCCUCAUUUGCGGCCAUUUCGGUUUGAGGCUAUGUGGUUAACGCAUGCUGAGUUCAAUCAGUUUGUUUCUGAGAAUUGGUUGGGGUUUUCUGGCUCUGCUUUCAAUAAGUUUUGUGCUUUUGUUGAGCCCCUUAAGCUGUGGAAUAAAGAUGUGUUUGGGCAUCUUAGACAAAAGAAAGCAAGGGUGUUGGCUAGGUUGAAAUGGCUUCAGGAAGGGGAUAGAAAUACUAAGUUUUUUCAUCUCACAACUAUAAUUAGACGAAGGAAAAAUAGAAUUGAACGGUUAAAGGAUGAUGAAGGGGUUUGGGUGGAGGAUGCUGCAGUCACUGAUGGUGAGAUUGCCUCCUUGGUGAAAAAAAUUGAUUUGUUGGAAGUUAAGGAUAGUUUAUUUGGUAUUGGUGGUCUCAAGGCCCCUGGUGUUGAUGGGUUUCCUGCUUGUUUUUUUCAACAUCAGUGGGACUUGUGUGCUCCUGAUUUAUAUGCUAUGUUGUGUGAAGCUUUUCAGAAGAGUAAAUUCCCUGUGGAGCUUAAUGCCGCUUUAAUUACUUUGGUCCCCAAGGUGGAGAAUCCUCACUCUAUGGUUCAGUUUAGACCAAUAAGGCGUCAUAUAACUGAUAAUAUAAUAAUUGCUCAAGAGCUUAUGCACAAGUUUAAGGUUGCUAAGGGAAAAAAAGGGAUGUUUGCUUGGAAGAUUGACCUCUCCAAAGCCUAUGAUAGGCUUAGCUGGGGCUUUAUUGAGUCUGUUCUAUUGGAAGUGGGGUUACCUGCUAGUUUUAUUCAGCUUAUUAUGCAGUGUGUGUCUACUGUGAGAUAUCAAAUUUGCGUCAAUGGGGAGCUGACUGAUCCUUUUUCUCCUAGCAGUGGCAUUCGCCAAGGGGAUCCCCUUUCCCCUUACCUUUUUGUUCUUUGUAUUGAGAAACUGUCUCAUAUUAUUGUUGAUGCAGUUAAGAGAAAACUUUGGAAGCCUAUCAAAACCUCUCGAAAUGGUCCUAGUGUAUCUCAUUUGUUCUUUGCAGACGACCUUGUGCUUUUUGCUGAAGCUACUCCCUGUCAAGCUCGGGUGAUGAAAGAUUGUUUGGAUUUAUUUUGUAGUGCUUUUGGUCAGACUAUGAAUUUCGCUAAGUCUGCAAUUUUUUGCUCACCAAAUACUUGUAAAAUGGUGGCAAAAGAGAUUGGUGCUAUUUGUGGCUCUCCCAUCACAGAGAAUUUGGGAAAAUAUUUAGGUAUGCCCCUUUUGCAUAGUCGUGUAACUAAAGCUACGUACAAUGGUCUGCUUGAUAAAGUGCAAAGUAGGCUUGCUGCCUGGAAAAGGAAGUGUCUCUCCUUAGCUGGCAGAGCUACCCUCAUCCAAGCUGUCACAUCUUCCAUUCCUGUGUAUACGAUGCAGACUGUCAAGGGUGGUUUAGGAUUCAAGAAAACUGCAGACAUGAAUAGGGCCCUUUUAGCAAAGAUUGGUUGGAGGAUGCACACUCGUGAUCAAGGGUUAUGGGCUCAAAUUUAUGAAAAGAAGUACCUAAAGGACUACUCUAUCUUGGAUACUCCUGGGGUCUCCAAGCAAGAUUGUUCUGCUACUUGGAGAAGUGUUCUCUAUGGUGUCGAGUUGCUGAGAAAGGGAAUGGUUUGGAGAGUAGGGAAUGGGGACAAGGUGAAUUUCUGGAAGGACCAUUGGGUGGCUGAUUUCCCUUUGUUACAUUAUGCAGGGGUGCAGUCAGGAAUCGAUUUGGAAUGCAAGGUCUCUAAUUUCUUUAAAGAAGGGUGGUGGGAUGUUGAGAAGUUAAGAGUUGUUCUUGAUGAGGAUAUGGUGCAAAAGAUCACUUGUUUUCCUGUUGGUUUUGGAGGUAUUAGUCAAGAUGCUCAGAUAUGGAAGCCUGCUUCUAAUGGCAUCUGUACUGUUGAAUCUGCUUUUCAGCUGAUCCAUGGGGGUUCUAAUUGGUCUAAUGCUUGUUGGAAGGGUCUGUGGAGUAUGUCUCUCCAGCCUAAGUUGAAAGUUUUCUUAUGGCUGGUUUUCCAAGGUAAGAUCCUAACUAAUGAGCAAAGAGUUAGGAGGCAUCUAGCUUUGGAGUCCUCUUGUUCUGUUUGUAGUUGGCACUCUGAAAAUAUCAUUCACACUCUUAGGGAUUAUGGGCGUGCUAAGGAAUGGCAUAACCAAUACAUUUUUAAUGAUGCUGAGGACUUGCCUUGUGAUCCUAGGAAGAUUAUUUGUGCUGCUGUUAUGGAUUGGGUUAAGGCUUCUAGUGUGAAUUGUAGGAAUGUGCCUAGAACUCAGGUUAUGCUAAGGUGGGAGCCACCUGGAAGUGGAUAG